UGUCUCUCCCGUGUGGACUCUCCUCGCAGAAAUCCGAGACAACCUUUCGUCUUCUUUCCCUUCUUCUUGCAAAACUACAAAACCCUAAUUUUCCUUUCCUCGUAAUCUUAGGGAUACACGUACAUAGGCAUGAAUGUCUUGGUGUAUCAAUGCUCUUGGUAGAUGGUUGGAGAUUUGGGAUUGAUUUCCAAGGAUUGAGGCGAUUUAGGGUUUCCUUGUUCUAGUAGAAUCGAUGGCGAAAGAUACGGUGGCGGACGAGUUCGUGGUUGUUUCACAGGUUCGGACAGGGUUGAAGAGAGAGUUGCAGUUUGUCUUGAGGUCCCAGUCGGAGAUCUGCGGUGGCGAGUAUCUGGGUAGGACCAGGGCGAGGAAAAACCUAAAUUGCGAAUCCGGUUUUACGGAGAAGAAGGCAUCCAACGGCGGUUCUGAUUUGAAAUACGCGAGGAAGAAGUGGCGUGUUGGGAAGGUUGGGAAAGGGGAUGUUCUUGAUAAAUCUGAUGGCGCAGGAGGUGGUGCUCUUGAGGAAGAUGAAGCUAAGAGUGAUAUUGUCGAUUUUGACGAAGCAAAGGGAGAUUCUGUUGAAUCGGAGAGUAAGAGAUCAUUAGGUGACAAUGUUGAGGAUUCUGCUUUGGUGGAUUCUUUGGAACCCAUGUGUGAAGAUGAGGUACACGAAGAAAAGAAAACACACGAGGAAGACAAUUCACCCGAAUCUGGUAAAGGCGAAGAAGUGAAUGAGAGGAUGGAGAAUGGGUUAGUGGAUAAACCUUUGAGGAGGUUUACAAGGUCUUUAAUGAAACAGGAAGGGGAUUCUAACAAUUCUAAUAUCAGAAAAAUUACCAAGCCAGAGAAUUUGGGCGAAGUAAAAGACGAGGUCGGUGAAUUUGAUACACAUGAUGCUCGAAGUCUGAAGAAACUUCACAGGAAUUUUCCGGCAAGGUUGAAAGAUCUUUUAGGUAUGGGAAUACUUGAGGGACUUACUGUGUACUAUCUUCGAGGAGCAAAGACAAGAGAGGCAGGGACUGCAGGGCUUAAAGGAGUGAUUACGGGCUCUGGUAUUUUGUGUUUUUGCAGUGCUUGCAAAGGAACUCAAGUUGUGAGUCCCAAUGUGUUUGAGUCACAUGCCUCUAGCCCAAACAAGCGGCCACCUGAGUAUAUCUUGCUGGAGACAGGAAAUACACUUCGUGACGUCAUGAAUAUAUGCAGAAAUUCAUCCUUGGCUACUUUGGAAGGAAAACUUCGGGUGGCUGUUGGGCCAACCAUGAAGAAAUCUAGCAUGUGCUUCAAUUGCCAAGGAUCAUUGACCGAGACUUGGGAUACAAAGACAUUGAUCUUGUGUAAAUUGUGCUUGGAGAUAGAGGAGCAUGAAAAGGUGCCUCAAACCAGUUCUCCUAAAGUGUGUGGCAAUGUUGAGAUAUUGCCAGAGCCAAGAGUUGUUCCAGAAACUAUUCCAAGUGAGUCAAAAUCCAGCCCACUCAAAAGCAACAGCAAAGAAAGACUAACCAGAAAGGAUCUGCAUUCCCCUGAGCCAAAGGUGGUUCCAGAAACUCUUCCAAGUGAGUUAAAAUCCAGCUUACUCAAAAGCAACGGGAAAGGAAGACUAACCAGAAAGGAUUUGCGGUUGCACAAGUUGGUUUUCGAGGAUGAUGUACUGCCAGAUGGGACUGAAGUCGGCUAUUAUGUUGCUGGAAAGAGAAUGCUUGUUGGCCAUAAGAAGGCAUUUGGCAUACAUUGUUCUUGUUGCAACACAGUGAUCAGUCCUUCUCAGUUUGAGGCUCAUGCUGGUUGCGCAAGUCGUCGGAAGCCAUUUCAGCACAUUUAUACAACUAAUGGGGUAUCUCUGCAUGAGCUAUCGGUAGCACUAUCAAGAGACCAUAAGUUUUGUGUCCAAGAAAAUGAUGACCUUUGCAGCAUUUGUAAAGAUGGAGGUGACCUCUUGUGUUGUGAUACCUGUCCAAGAUCAUUUCAUACAUUAUGUGCUUCUCUAUCAAGCCUUCCAUCUGGGAGGUGGUCCUGCAAAUAUUGUACAAAUAUGUUUUUGAGAGAAAAAUUUGUGGAGUGUAAUGCCAAUGCCUUAGCAGCUGGAAGGGUUUUAGGAGUUGACGCGAUUGCUGAAAUAACCAAAAGAUGCAUUCGAAUUGUAAGUUCUCUUGGAAGUGGGCUCCCAAGUGUAUGUGUGUUAUGCAGAGGUCAUAGUUUCAGUAGGUUGGGCUUUAAUCCUCGAACCGUGAUUAUUUGUGAUCAGUGUGAGAAGGAAUUCCAUGUGGGCUGUUUGAAAGAACACAAGAUUGCUGAUCUUAAGGAGUUACCUGAAGGACGAUGGUUCUGUUGCUGUGACUGCGAGAGGAUCCAUACUUCAUUGCAAAACCUGAUAAUUCACGGAGAUGAGAUGCCCGAUAACAACUUUCUGAAUUUUAUAAGGAAAAAGCGAAAACCUAGUGAAGAAGAUUGUUCAGACGAUAGCACUGAUUUAGAUAUUAAAUGGAGGGUCCUUAGCGGGAGAUUGGCUGCUUCUGAUUAUGAUAUGAAAACACUGCUUGCAAGGGCAGUCUCAAUCUUUCAUGAGCGGUUUGAUCCGAUCAGUGAAUCUGGAACUAGAGGAGAUCUCAUCCCAGCAAUGGUCUAUGGGAGGCAAGCAAAAGGCCAAGAUUUCAGUGGCAUGUUUUGCAUCAUGUUGACUGUGAAUCAGGUGAUUGUGUCGGUAGGAGUCUUCAGGAUUUUUGGAUCAGAACUUGCUGAACUUCCUCUGGUGGCUACCAGCAGUGACUGUCAAGGGCAGGGUUACUUCCAAUGCAUGUUUGGUUGCAUCCAGAGGCUGAUGGGUUUACUGAAGGUGAAACACCUCGUGCUUCCAGCAGCUGACGAAGCCAAAUCCAUCUGGACCGACAAAUUUGGCUUCACCAAGAUGACCCCGGAGGAGGUGAAUGAAUACAGGAAAGAUUUCCAGGUGAUGGUUUUUGAAGGGACAUCGAUGCUGAGAAAGCCAGUUCCUGAGACAGGAGCAGUAACUAAUUGAGCAUCAUUGAUCUUCCUAAUGGCAGCAGGAGAAGCUUUCACCAUAUUUAUUCCGACCCUUUUUCAUUGUUUAUGCUAAGGCAAUGGAGGGAGGCCCCCUUUGGUGUUCCUUUCUACCUGUACAGGUGUUUUUUCCUCUUGUUUCUGUACAGCUCUCUCUCUCUGAUCAUACAUAGAGAGAGAAAAUUCUUUUUUGGUAAGAGGGAGAGGAGAGUCAUUCUUUGGAUUUGUAUGGGUUGGGAUUCGAAUCAAUUUUUUUUUUUUGGAAUUACUAUUGUGUAAAGGGCAUAUUCUCUCCUUUC